CUCCCUCCAUCGAUGCCCCACCUUACUAACUUCAUCUGUUUUUCAUACCAUUAUAAAACCCUCCUCAAUCUUCAUUCUCCACAUCGACCACAGCAAUUGCAUUUUCAGCAAGCUAGCAAUUCACUGCCCAAUAAAAAAUGAAGCUACAAUCUCUCUUAUCAUUUUCACUGAUGCUUCUGUUCCUCCACUGCUCCAGGAUUCUAGCCCAAUCACCUGCUGCAGCUCCAGCUCAUGCAAGAUCAAAAGCACCAGCUCCUGCUCCUCCUCCACCGCCACCACCUGCAGCUGCUGCACCAGCACCUGCUCUAGUCCCUGUGAUUCCUUCAAAAGGCCCUCUCAACGUUGUCAAAGUUCUCCAGAAGGCAGGCCACUUCACAUUCUUCGUCCGUCUCAUAAAAACCACCCAGGAAGAUAUCCAGUUGUUUUACCAGCUCAAUGUUUCCACCGAUGGGGUCAGCAUCUUCGCCCCAACUGAUGGAGCAUUUUCAAGUAUCAUCAGAUCAGGCACUCUGAAUGCUCUGUCUGAUCAACAAAAGAUUGAGUUGGUUCAGUUUCAUAUAAUUCCGAGAUUCCUCUCGACUUCCCAGUUCCAGACUGUGAGCAACCCUUUAAAAACGCUAGCAGGAGCUGGCCAACGAUUCUCACUCAAUGUGACAACAACUGAGAAUUUAGUGAAUGUAACUACAGGACUCACUAAUACAAGUGUAUCAGCAAUUGUCUACACAGAUGGGAAAGUUGCCAUUUAUCAGGUUGACAAGGUGCUGCUUCCUCUAGACCUUUUCGCCCCCAAGCCUCCUGCUCCGGCGCCAGCGCCACCAAAGGCUCAGAAGGAUGAAGGUGCAGAAGCUCCUGUAGCUCCGAAGGAUAUUUCUGGCUGUAUUAUGCAUGAUAAUUUGGCGAUCUUAGGAGUGAUUGGCGUGGUUGGUGCAAUAUUUUCUUUGUAACAGAAAAGCUUUGAGUUCUUCAAUGGUGGAAGAUUUUGGUGGCUGGGAUAAAGAGGAAGGUCGUUGUGCUUUGCAUAAUUGCCAUUUACUAUUUUGUCUCAAUCACUUUUCUAUGCUUCUAAGUUUGUGAAUAAUUUUGAGGGGUUUUCCUUCUUUUA